AACAUCUUCACUCGAACCACCACCACACAGCCCCAGAGAAGAAAUCGCGUUUUUGCAUCUUGGUUUCCCUUCUUGCACGAAGUGUCUUUUUCAUUGUCGCCGUUUUGAGAUACCCAAUAUUCCCAUCUUUCAUUUCUUCCAAAGGCAUCAGCAACCAUGGUCUUCUAUUUCACUUCGACCGUCGUCAGUCCCCCGGCUUUCAUUUAUGUGGGGAAAGACAAGUUUGAGAACGAGGAGUUGAUCCAACACGGCUGGGAGGAGGAUGUAUGUGCUCAUAUCUACCUCCGUCUCCCAGAGGGUUGGACAUGGGAGAACAUUCCCGAGGAGCUCCUGACCGACCUUGGUCAGUUGACCAAGGCCAACUCCAUCGAGGGUAACAAGAAGGACAACAUCACAAUCAUCUAUACCCCAUGGGCCAAUCUCAAGAAGGACGGCAGCAUGGCGGUCGGCCAGGUCAGCUUCAAGGAUCAGAAGAAGGUGAAGCGCAUUUUGAUCGCGCAGCGCGAAAAUGCUAUCGUCAACCGUCUGAACAAGACCAAGGUUGAGAAGCACCCGGACCUGCGAGAGGAGAAGGAGCAGCAUCUCAAAGAGCUGCGCAAGAAGGAUCAGGCGGCGGUGCUGGCGCGGAAGAAGGAGGAGGAUCGCCUGAAGAAGGAGCGGGCCGAGAAGAAGUGGCAGAAGGAUCAUGCCUACGAUGAGCUCUUUGCUGAGGAGAACAUGAUGAACUCGAGCAAUCAGGAUCGGGAUGAGACCUGGGAGGAUGAUUUCAUGUAAAUUUGCUUGAGAACAAAAGAAACAAACCUACUGAAGUUUUCCAAGCUACAUAAGACCUGAAAAUCCUUUGAUGCCCGAAAGCCAUCGUCAGAACCUUCCCAACCUUGAUUCCUAUCUGGUAUGCUGCCGCCUUUAAAGCAGCAGACUAAGAACUAAACCCGGUUUGACCCAUCACUAGAGGUAGCUCCUUUAUCCACUCUCGAACCUCUUUCUACCCGUCACUCAUUCCUCACUCCCCUCAAAAGGUCCU